UUUAAAAUUGAAACACGAAAACUAAACAUGUUUUUUAUAUUGAAAUUGGUAAUAAUAAUUUUAAUAAAUAAAACGAACGCGUAUGUCACGCAAGAAAUAAUGUUGCUGCCGGCGUGGAAUCCGGCAGAAGCAAAAGAGAUACCAUUAACUUUAAAAGUUUUCGGAAAAUUAAUACAGCUGAAUCUGCGUAGAAACGACCAGAUCGCAUCGCCUGUGUUUGCAGUAUGGAAAUAUAACGCAAAAGAUGUCACAGAAAAGUUGUUGGAGUUGAAAGCAUCGAAUCCUUGCUUUUAUUUUCACGAAGAUCGUGUCAACUCUACGACCCUCAACUUUUGUCAAGAACGUGGAUUUGAAGGACUCGUUUUUGUGGAAAACGACAUAUUAGAGAUUCGGCCUUUGCAGAAUGUGUUUGCACCUUUGUCCUUCAUUGACGACUUUUGCGUUAAGGAACAAAUAAAUCAAUCAUUCGGCAAACCUCACCUUAUUAAAAGAUUAGUCCAACAUUAUGAUGAUUCAAAUUUUUACCAUUUGAACAAUUUUAAACGAAAGCCACGUCGUGUACAAAAGAAGCAAGAAAGAUUUACCAUAGAACUGGCCGUAUUCGUUGACGUAGAAGCAUAUCGCAUGUUCAAGUUUUUUCUAUUCAAUGAUACAAGGAUACACGAUAUGAUAAUCGUAUAUGUGAAUCAGAUCCAGACUUUUUUUCAUCAUCCGAGUUUGGAUGCCCCUGUCGAUAUUUCUUUGGUAUAUUUGAACAUUAUGGAUGAACAACCGUUAAAUUUGCCAGUUUUAGACGGCGACAGUAUUGAAAUGCUCUAUUCGUUCUGCAAUUAUUCGAAAAUUCUCAAUCCUCCGAGCGACAAUGAUGAGAAUCAUUGGGACAUUGGCCUUUACAUAACUGGAAUGGAUAUUUUUGAAACUAUGUCAUACCAAUCGUUUUAUAAUUAUACAAACAUAUCGGAAAUCAUGCAAAGUUUCGGAAACUUUUCAACAUUUCGAAACUUUAGUAUUCAAUCGACAUCCUAUCCCGAUGGCGCAUGCUACUCGAAAUUCUCAUGCGCGAUAGUAGAGUUUACUUUAAAUGAAAUCAUUGAAUCGGGUAUAAAAUCAUCUCUUUUAGCUACUCGUGAAAUAGGUCAUCUUUUAGGAUUGAGAGACGAUUUCAUUGGUAGACAAGGAGAAUACAAGGAUACGUACAUAAUGUCACCUGAAGCACAGCCUUAUAGCGAAAUAAAAUGGUCCACGCAUAGUCGUGACAAAAUACAAUCAAUAUUGCAAAGAAAAUUGUGUCUUCGAGAUUAUGCACUAAUUUUCGAUGAUGACAAUGACGAUAGCGACUAUGACGUUAAUUGGUCGACAUAUGACAUAUUUGAUAAUCCGCGUUAUCACGAUUUACCCGGAAGAAUAUGGACCGCCAAAGAACAAUGCGAAAUAUUUAUGCGCGACAAGGAUGCGAACGUAGUCACGUUGCUUGAUAUAUGUAAAACUUUACAAUGCGAGACGCCUAACAGAGGUAAAUCUUAUUUCGCCGGACGCGCGCUGAAUGGAACUCAUUGUUCACACGGGAAAGAAUGUCGUGGCGGAGAAUGCGUGCCCGUCAUCGAACCGCCAUACAAUUUUAAGUUUUGUAAAAAGGAUAACUGGGGUGAAUGGGAGGAAGACUCCUGUAAAAGCAGUUGCUUGAAGAAAUCCAAAGGUAUACUAGUCAAACGACGUUUUUGCAAACAUCGGACUGUCAGAUCAUCGAAAUGCGAAGGACCAUAUUACGACGUAGUUCUAUGCAAUAAUUCUUCACUCUGUAUUAAGAAAGAAUGGACGAUCGACGAGUUUACUACCAAGAAAUGCGACAAAUUUAGGAAAUUGGCAAAAUUGACAAAUUUAACGGUCAAUUUUAAGGAAACAGUACCUGGAGAACAGUAUCAUCAUGAUGCCGAGAAACCGUGGAUAGCAUGUACUGUAUACUGCCGAAAGGCAGGAACGUUUGAUUACUACGCACCACGCCUAGAAAUGCUCAGCAUUGGAGUGGACCCAUACUUUCCAGAUGGAACGUGGUGUCACAAGAAAAACGGUCAGAACUAUUAUUGCCGUCAGCAUUAUUGUCUGCCGGAAAUCUACUUGUAAGAAUAAUUGUCAAAAGAUCAUCUACCUUUGUGAAUGAAAAUUCAGAAGAAACAAAAUUACAAAACGCGAGUAAGUUUAGAAUUAUUGGUCAGUUCGUUAAAUACUCGAUUUUGGAUCAGACAAUCUGUCGUCCUUAAUUUCUGUUUUGCGUAUCAUCCAUUCCUUACUUGAUGAAGACAAAUGGACAAAAAACUACGUCAAAUUAUCAACAUCUGAAACAAUUUUCGAUUAGUAUUAGCAAAGGUAGAAAAAAAUAAAGAAAAUAGGAAAUAAUAAUUAACAUGCUUACAAGAAGAAAGAAUAAAUAGUUCAAUGGAGAUACUUUUAUUCCGUAUGAGAAAAUGUGUCGAGAGAAAAUGAACGAAAAAUGUAACAACACUCAUUACGUUAUAUUUUAAUAAUCUACCGAUGUUUCAUUAAUACAAACGAUGAAUGAAUUGAAUGAAAUAAAGAAGCGUCUAUUACGUAAUGGAAUAAUUUUCAAAAUUAUUUAUUGAACUCAGGAGCUCGUUAACCGAAUAUCUCACGGCGUUAGAAAUGGGUGAAUUUAAAUACUUUUGCUAACUCUGUUAAUUGGUAAAUCAGUAAUCAGUUGUAUUUUCUUUUCAUAUUAUAUUUAAUAUUUAUAAGGCUGUGUAUUUAUAAAAUUGUGUACAUUGUUAUGUUCUAGUCACUAUAAAAUUGUCAGCGAUUAAAAUUUGUUUAACGUUUGUGAAUAGUGUAACAUUUUCUACAUAUUGGUUAUAAAUCGUAUUUUCUACAAUCCACCGUUAUCGCAAGAUUCAGAAUUGAAAAGAAAAAUACAUACAUAAAUAAAUAUAUAUAUGUAUAGAAGUAUAGAAGAUAUACAUACAAUGAAUAAUACACACAAAUAAUAUUCCUGAUCACAGAUGCUAGUAUGUGUUUUGAACGCAAUCUUCCAAGAUAUAACGAAAAUGAGAGUAGUUAACAUCUGUGUAUGCAAGAAUUUGUAAUACAUAAAAAAUUUAAUAAAAUAUUUUCAAGUAUUUAAAAUUAAAACACGAAAUUUAAACAUGCUUCUUAUAUUGAAAUUGGUAUUAAUAAUUUU